AUGAGCUCUCUCCUUCAUCCCAUCCAUAGCGCGGGCCAAAAGUGUCGUCCCAAGCAUCAAGUGCUCGUGUUGAAAUGUUACCCAAAAUACCAGAAAACCGUGCAGGAAGUCAAGCCCAACUCCUCCGAACUCAGCUAUCUUCUGUACUAUGCGAGUACGCGCCGGCACAAGCUCCAGAAAGUGGGCACGUUCCUCGAGAAGAAGAAUGCAAGUGAUGUCUGGAAAGGGAGACUCGGAAAUGUCCAGGUCACUCUCCAAAUCCUCAGUGCCAUCAUCGAGAAGGCGCCCCGCGACCUCUCCCUCUACUCUCGAUCCGUCCUGACCAUUCUGGACUCCAUCCUGCGUUCCAAGGACGUGAACAUGGUGGAAGAGACCAUACCGACCUUUGAAGCCUAUUGCAAACAUGUCGAUGCUGCCGCCUUCAAUGCGGACCAACAACGCGCACAACAAUACUUGUCUAUCCUACAGCUGUACGCCAGUUAUGCUGCCAAGUCCAGGCCUGUCGAUAGGAAGGCCGGCGACUCGAUUCCCCUCUCGUUGAGGUGGCGCACCAUUGGCUUACGAGCUAUUCGAGCGGUCGUGGCGUCGGAGGCGCUCGCCACUGAAUCCCCUCGACAGCUCAGUCUGGUCGUGCCUGUCAUCCUGGAAAACAUGUCGCUCGACAAAGAGAACAUUUUGGCUACGCUGCAGCAACGGGCAACCACGAGCGAGAAGCUGGACGAUGAGCUCGCUAGACGACGGCGGACAAGUCUCACGACCGUCGCCACCGUGGAUACGGCCGAUGGUGACCCCGCCACGGCCGUUGAAACUACCGCGGGAGCGGACAAAGUCGCUGAAGAGGAGGUUAGGGCUCUGGCUCUGAGAUGUCUGAAGCAGAUAUUCUCAGUCGGGCUCGGGAGCACCACAGGUCAGACUCGCUUGGCUACCGCCCUCACUUUGAAAUUUAUCGCUUCCAAAAGCCCGCCUCAGCCGGCCCCGGACACGGAAGGCCAAACCACAUGGGCUACCUCCUUGUUUGAGACCAUCACGCGAUGGACACCUGUGCAGGACCGAUUUAUCAUUGUCCUGACCGCGAUGGAAACCCUCGUCCGCAGCCCUAUCACGGAAGGCUCGCUUGAGAAACAGUUGGUCCUUGCCAGCAUGAUCGACUGGCUUCUGAGUUCGAAUGUGAACCUGAUUGGGCUGAGUGUUAUGGACGUUCUACUGGGACUCAUCCACCAUAUCUUGCUUCUGCUCCAGCUCGGCGGAUCCAACCCGCGUGUCAUCCCACCGGAGCGCAACGACACAAUCGGAAUCUAUCGCGAGGUCAAAGAGGCGUUCGAGCCCGGUACGGAGCUCACCGAGACCGAAAUGAGCCGCAUCACCUCCGUGUCUCUACUCACAGCAUCACCGGUACGACAAGAGUUGUUGCUGAGGCUUCAAGAUUGUAUUGCCUCUCUCUCCAACCACAUUUAUUACACCGACCAAAUCACCGACAUGCUCACAGCCAUUCUGGCCCGGUUGAAGCCUUCCCAUCAAUCGGACGUCCCAACUUCAGCGGCCGCCGUCAACGAUCCCGUAGCUGCAGCGAAGGCGAUCGCCGAUUCAGCAAGCAUCCGUGACGAUCCAAACACACCCACAUUCUUUUCAUUCCACACCGCGAGACUCACGGCAAUGCAGGUGAUCAAGAAAAUCCUGCUCCGUGCCAACAGCAGACACAGCACCACAAGUGGUGCUAUUGAAGCACGCUCUCGUGUGGGAGUCCAGGUGUGGGAGGGGACUCAAUGGCUUCUCAAAGACGAAGAAAAACCCGUCAGAAUUGCCUACGUCGAUGCCCUUCUGACCUGGCUCAAGUUCGAGACCAACAAAAUCGACAUGUUUCUACCCAGGGACGGCUCCCGGAAGCAUUCACAGAGUAAGAAGAGCGCCCAGCCGCCGGGCGAGGUCAACUUGGCCCGACGAGCUGUCUCUGGUGCAUCUCGCCGAGAGCCCAAGCCGGCACGGUCAAGCUUUCUUGCCCUGCUGCAUCUCGCCAUCUACGAUGGCAUCUUGGACGACGUCGAAGAUGAGUCCAACAUUCUCCUGCUAUACCUGUUGUUGACGAAGCUGGUCGAGCGUCUCGGGGUCAAUGCAAUUCGGAGUGGAUUGCCGAUGAUCCUCAAGCUUCAGGAAACGGCGCUGAAUGUGGAGGUGCCCUCUACAACCGGAAGGGUCAAUGUUGCAACUGUGGUUCACGGCUACCUCUGGACCAUCACUGACAAGUUUGAUUUUGAAACGAGUGCUGUCGGUCAUGAAAUCAAUGCCGAGGUUUCUCGAAGAAAGCGAUUCGGCGUGUGGUUUGACAAGAUCAAAUUCCCCCCCUUAUCCAUUGCAGAGAUUUGCAAAUUGCCCAAGGUGAGCGAGAAAGCAGCAGAAUAUGACGAAGAAGCCGUGCAAACCCUCAAACCUUUCUUGUCGGUGUCGGCGUUGGUCGACGAAAUUGCAGUCUCGUAUGACAAUUCCCUUCUCACUCCACCAGCCUCUGCACCUUCUUCACCUGGCCGAGUCUUUUCCGUCCCUACGCUGGGCUUUGGCUACGGGUACGGCAUCGCACCCGCACUCAAGCCAUCGAAAGAAGCCCGGGUUCCAGCCAAGGUCAAGGAUGAGAUGAAGGUCAGCUGGAGCAGAGAUGCGUGUAUAGCUGCAAUCGAAAAGGAAAGCGCCACCUCCCUGACGGGUUCGCGGACCGGCGCCUCUUCACUCCCCAGGAAUCAUCUUAGCAUCAACGGCCUUCGCAAGCAGGGUUCGGCGAGUGGCCAAGAGUCUCCCGUAACUGCCAACGGCCACACAACACCUCCAUUCGGGCUGGUCAGCGGCUUAGGGAGCCUGACAAGGGUCCGGAGACCUAGUGCCAAUGGGUCGCCGGCAAGAGAGCCGACGACAUCCAGCCGAGAUUCUACCAUGAGAGUGAGUGAUCUCAAGAGAGUGCUCUCUGGCCAUGUGGGCGUCCGACCACGAAGUCCACUUCGAAGAGCAGCGGCAGGAUCUCGAACAAGCACGACGAGCAGCGGCACUAGUAGCAUGGUGAGCUGGGAUGAGGCUGAUGACCGUAGUUCUUCGGUCCUAGAUUUUCGAUCAAGGAACACUCGCCCGCAGACUUCCGAAUCCAAUCAAGCUCGUGCCUCAGCGGGAACAGAGAACACCGAUAAUGAAAAGACAGAUCCGCCAGGUGUCACCGCGUAUCAUCAGGUUACCACCGACAUUCCUCCGGUGCCUAAAAUUCCUUCAGCACUCAACCUCCCUGGGACCUGGCCGCGGGAUGCUUCGCCCGCCCGACCUGCAGGCCGCGCUGCAGCAAAGACCUCUUCGGCGGGACUGGAGGACGGCGGAAGCCCACAAUCACAAGAAACGACAAGCAGCGCACGGUCGCCUCUAUCUGGACAGGAAAAGCACGAUCGGAGGAAUUCGCGGCCCACCAGCAGGAGGAGUCUUGCCGCAGCGUCGUAUUCUACCAGGGAAAAGUUUGACAUGGAUUCCUUGUUGGCUGGAAUCCUCUCCGGAGCUGUAGCCGGAGCCGGAGCCGGAGAGACGGAUAAAGAAAAUAGCGGGAGUCGCUUGAUUCGGCCACCUUAUUGA